AUGAAGUAGUGACAUAAAAAUAAUAAACCACCAAACCAAAUCGAUAAGUAAUAAGUUUAAAAGUUUAUUAACCAUCCCAUCCCCGUUCGGAUGGGACAAUAGUUUAAAAGUUAAUUUACCCUUUUUGGAUAACUAUUUUUCAAAAUUACUAGUAAAUUUAAUUACUUUAAUCAUAAUGGGGCAGAUUAUGGGAUCUUACAAAGCCCGUGAUGUAGACCUUUACAUGGGUGAUAAUCAUCAAGCUGGAUUUAACAUUGAAAGACAACAACGAGAAAUGAAAUCAUCCGAAGUCGAUUUGGUUUCCGCUAAGAUUCCACCUCAGCAUCGGGACUAUUGCGCUCAUCAUUUACUGGAAUAUCAAGUGUGCCGUUACAAAAAUAUGCCUCUUUUAUAUAAAUGUGCUCAUGAGAAACAUGAUUAUUUGAACUGUGAACAUCAGGAUUAUGUCGUGAGGAUGAAGGAAUUUGAACGGGAGCGUCGUUUAAGAAUAAGAGAGAACCGUCUUGUAGGAGUAGCAUAAGAAAAGAUUAAAAUCGGGAAAUCAAAAUAUUUAAAGGAUGUAAAUAAAGCAAUAGAUUGAA